AUGGUCACCGCCGCAGGCUCCCCGGCCUCAAACUCCUCCUCCUCCGAAGCCCGCAAGCCAGUAGUCACCCGCCAAUCGCCGCCCCGGCCCCGCCGGGACUUCCUUCUCCACGUCGAGGCCUACCUGUCCCGCCGCGACGGCGUCGACAACCUUCUAAAGAUCUCCCUCUACGCCGCCCGCCUCGCCCUCGCCGUCGGGCCGCCGCCGCCGCUUCCCGCCUACGCCGCCGCGCGCCUCAGGUCCUUCGAGUCCAGCGUCGGCCUCAGCCGCAAGGCCCUCCGCCUCGGGAAGUUCGUGCAGUCCGUCAACGCGCUCCGCGCCCACCGCCGCCACGGCGGCGGCCACGUGCCCCCGCUCCUCGUCCUCCUCGCGUACGGCGGCCAGGGCGUCUACUUCUUCCUGGAGCAGUUCGCGUGGCUGGCCAAGACCGGCCUCCUGCCCGCGCACCUCCUCCCCCGCCUCCAUCGCCUCGGCGUCUGGGCCCAGCUGCCGGCGCACGUCGGCUCCAUCGCAAUCAAGCUGGAGGAGGUGGCGAAGCUGGAGUCCUCCGUCGAGACGCGGCGCAAGGAGGGCUUCGGGGAGGAGAGCGAGGUGGUGAGGGCGCUGCGCGGGAAGCUGCUGGUCAAGCGGCUGUCCGUCGUGCAGGACGUGGCGGACUCCGUGAUGACGCUAGGGGACGUGACCGGCGGGAAGGGCUUGCUCGGCAGCUCGACGUUCAUGGCGUCCGCCGGCUUUCUGUCCGCGCUGAUCAGCGCUCACAGGAACUGGAAUUCGUGCUGAGCUAGCUAA